UUCCCCCUUCGGACUGACUGGCAGAGGUAGGGGGGGAUCAUGAGUGGGGUGGUCUAGCUCAUGGGCUAGGAGGGAGGACUCUGUGCAACUUGCUGGGCAGGACUUGCAUUCAAAGAGAAGUCGAGCAGACACAGAUAUCAAGGCCACUGGGAAUAAAUAAGGCACCUCAAAGAGGAUCUGAAGACCUUGCUCUGCAGAGGAGUUUCAAGAAGUUUCACAUAUUUGGAGAUGCUUCAAGAGUCUGAAAGGGCAGGAAAAGGAAGGAGGAAAGCAAGGCCGUAACAUCCAAGAGGCAAGUCGACUGAGCUGUUAAUGCAACAUGAUCCUGUGGGUCUUGCCCUAAAAAUACCUCUGGGCAGGAGAGUGGCAGUUAUCUCUAUCUGCUAAAUAACCUGGUAAUCAACCAUUUAUACCCUUUUGACAACAACUGAGGUCAGAAAGCAGCAUUUUUACAAGACUUUAUCCAUGGCAGAUGUUUUUAUAGAUGUUUUAAUUGGACUUUUCAAACAAAACUAUCUUCUAGAUCUUAAAUACAAAAUGUGAGAACUUUGUUGACUGUUAUGUAUACUUAAUCCUUCUCAUAGUAUCCAAUGGCAUCACUUGAUUUUGGUUUAGAGAGCAAAGCGAGUGCUUAGUCAGCAUUAGAGCCAUUCAGUCUUCAUACACAGUUAAAGAAUCCGUUUAAGGAUCCACCAAAUCAGCUCCACCAUGAGAAAAGCUGAGGUGCAAAUGACCCUGAAAAAAGGGGCAGAUGAAGCAGUGGCACCCCCAAGCCCCAUCAUCCCCCCAAAACGGUCCAAAGCAAGUCCCGAACAAGUUGUCCCAGAGCAUGGAGGAUCCGGUCUUCCAACUCCAACUCCUCCUGUAUUUAUUCGUAAAAUGAGGAAUGCUGCUGUAGGGACAGGAUGCGAUAUCCGUUUGAAGGUGACUGUGGCUGGAGACCCUCAGCCAUCCCUUUACUGGUACCACAAUGAUGACCUCCUCAACAUGGAGAACCAGGAGUAUGGAGGACUCUGGAUUAGAGAUUGUAAACCCAGUGAUGCUGGCUUGUACACCUGCAUCGCCAAUAAUCACCUGGGGGAGGCCCGGAGCAGCGCUGUGCUCGCCGUCUUGGAUCUGGGAGAAGAUUCUGAGUCAACAGAAGAUGAAGAAGACCAAUUUGAGACCAAAGAAGAGGGUGAGGAUGUUGAGGACCAGGCUGUGCAUACAGUGAAGGACAAGAGUCCAGAGGAUGAUAACAGAACACAUGGACAUGAAGAUCACUCGAACACAGCCAGGUGCCAGUCUGAGAAUUUUUCAAGAGUUUCUCCCCCAGAAGUCCUCCCACCUCCAUCCCCAAGACUCGUCAAGCGUAACUCCACCUCUCCAAUGCCAAGUCGCUCUGGUUCAACUACUCCUCUUAGCUUGCGGAAGAAAACUGUGUUGCCAACUGAAUACCAAGACACAGUGCCUGGAGAGUUUGAGGAAAAGGUUAAGCAGCCAAAAUCUGUAACACAAAGUAGCACCCAGGAUUCAAGACCUCAGACUCCAGUGAGCGAGUAUUCACGGAAAGAACUCACUCCGAGACCAUCCCCAAAGCUAACCAGGGCAAGCUCAAAGGUCUUUGAGAAAGUCCGCGGCUUAGAAGAGCGAAGACGAAGCCUUGAUAUUCCAGAAGGCUCUACCUCAGGAAGAUCUUGGGCCGGGUUUAACCGUGCUGGAUCUGUAGAUUCAGAUGAUGGAGGAAGUCGAUUGGGCAUCUCUAGAGAAAGUUCACGGGAGGAUCUAAGGGAGGCUUUGAAAGAAGAUGCUGCUGAGCGAAGAUCUAUGUUUAGACAGAGAGCUGCUUCACUGGAAGAGAAACCUCGCUACUCCCAAAAGGUUCAGGACAUCGAGAACAAGUUCACAGAGGAACUCCAGCGCAUUAAGAAACUUGUCGGCAAACCACAUCUAAAGAAAUCGUUUUCAACAGAACAGCUCACUUUAAGGGGUAAGCAGCGCCAGCCUCUGAGGAAAAUUGAACCUAUUCCUCCACAAGUUCUUCAAAAGCUCCAAGAACGGGAACGUGCCCAGUGGGCAAAGGAACAGAGAGAGAAGGAACUAAUGCAGCAACAACAAUCAACGCCCCAAAGGACAGCAAGUACUGGUUCAACAAGUGUAACAGUCAGUCGAUUCGGAGAGGUUGCAGGCACCCCAGAGUCCAUGCAGUUAUCUGACUUACCGGGACAACGAUCAGUGAGAGAGUUAAGUCGAGUCAGUCCAGUUACAGAGAUCGUUCAGAGAUCAUCAUCACCAGCUUUAUAUCAUCAACAAAGGGAAGGUUCGCCAAGUAGAAAUGUUCCUGAGAUGACAUUACGCAAGGUUGAACGAAGACCCCCAAGUCCGCUUGUACAAAGAGUAUCUCGAAUGCAAGAACCACAGCACAUCCAAGAAUCGCACGCAACGCAAAAAGACGAGCCUUCAGGGAGAAAGACGCCAAUAGAAGUAGUAUUAAGGAAGAUUGAGAACAGACCUGAAAGUCCUCUGGUACAGAGAAGAGGAAUUAUGGUUCAAGAUUUUCCUUCGCAACCUCCUCAGAAACCCCUAAGGAUGUCACCACUUAGUCCAACAGAAGAGAAAAUGGAAGUGGAGCCAUCUCAACCUGCCUUAAAGAUAAGGAUCCCUGCAAUCAUUGUUGAAGAUGAAAAGAUGGAGGAGGAUGUUCCUGUGAAGAAGAGCGAACCUCAGCCAAUUUCUACCAGUGCCACAGAGGGACAGCAGCCAAAGACCAAAGUAAAGAAGCGCCGUCCUCGACCCUUGUCUCCAGAGCUUGAUUCUUCAGAUGAUUCUUAUGUAUCUGCUGGAGAAGACCCGAUGGAGGCCCCAGUGUUUGAGUUUUCCCUGCAGGAUACUGUAGCAUCUGCUGGAGCAGAUGUGCUGCUUAAGUGUAUCAUUGCUGGAACCCCCAUUCCUGAAGUCUCCUGGACGAAAGACAAUGCUGAAGUUAGUGGGAUUGCAAAUUAUACAGUCAAAGUGGAGGGAGAACGACAUAGUCUGCUCAUCAAAUCAGCUAGAGUAACCGAUGGGGGAAAAUACUGCGUAACUGCGGUCAAUCAGGUGGGCAAGGUGUCCAGCAGUGCCAUUCUCAUAGUUAAACCAGAGUUGACACAUGAGCCAAGGGGAAACCUGGGUGUGCCGAUGGAUAUCAGCAGUCCUAUCACAUCAGAUGAGGAGUAUCUCAGUCCCCUGGAGGAAGGCAUGGAUUUUGGAGGACCAGAGCCAAUCAGAAAUAUUGAUACACAGUUCAGAAGACCCCCUUCAUUCCUGGUAACCAUGAGUAAUCAAGCUGUCAUUGAAGGACAGGAAGUCACCAUGUCUGUUAAAAUAAGUGGAGAACCCAAACCCAUGCUGUACUGGCUAAGGGACAGAGUUACAGUUAAAACAGGCCCACGUCACAUCGUCCGGGAAACGGAAGAAGGCACUUUUGAAAUGACCAUCAAGUCAGCAGUGAAAUCCGACUCUGGGAUAUAUAUAUGUAAGAUCAUUAAUGAGUACGGGACAAAGCAGUGUGAAGGAAAACUGGAAGUUAAAGCUCCACCAGUUGAGCCAGGCCUGGCCGUGGUCCGCCCGGUCAGGGACAUUACAGCCAAGGCCGGAGAGACCGUUCUGUUUGAGUGCCAUGUCAUCGGACCGAAGGACACUGACGUGGACUGGCUGGCAGACGGGAAACUGAUCCAGCCGGCAUUGCUCAACUGUAAGAUGCAUUUUGAUGGAAGAAAGUGCCGUCUGCUGCUCAACUCAGUCCAUGAGGAUGACAGCGGGACAUAUAUGUGCAAACUAAGUACUGCUAAAGAGGAAGUGACUUCAUGUGGCAAACUCAAAGUCCUGCCAUCGAUUGAGCCUCUUUUCACUCGUAAGUUGGAUGUUUUAGAGGUGAUUGAGGGACGAAACGCUCGAUUUGACUGCAAAGUCAGCGGGACACCAGCACCUAAAAUCAUCUGGAGUCACUUUGAUCAGCCACUCAUAGAGAGUGAGGAUAUUCGUAUUCUUCAGGAGGGUGGCCGCCACUCUCUCAUCAUUUCUCAUGUGACCAAUGAGGACGAGGGCUUUUACACCGUCACAGCCCGUAACGUGCAUGGAGAUGCAGAGAGCUCAGCCGAACUUUACAUACAAGAACCUCGGCCUGCCAUCUCCUCACAGAUGGCUAAACUGGAGAAGAUGCCGUCUAUUCCAGAGGAGCCGGAGGUACCAGAGAAUGAGGUGGAGCGGUUUACAAUGCCAGACUUCAUCAAACCCCUUUACGACCUGGAUGUGAUUGAGGGGAAGGAGGCUGUGUUGAAAUGUAAAGUGGCCGGUUUGCCGUAUCCCACCAUUGUCUGGUUCCACAACGGCAAGAGGAUUGAGAGCACAGAGGACAGAAAGAUGACACAGUUCCGGGACGUCCACAGCUUGGUGAUCCGCUCUGUGUGCCACACCCACGGUGGAGUCUAUAAAAGUGUCAUCUCUAACAAAGUUGGAAAGGCGACCUGCUACGCUCAUCUCUAUGUCACAGAUAUCCUCCCUGACCCUCCAGAUGGGACACCAGUGAUAGAGUCCAUCACUGGGAAAGCCAUCAUCUUAAGCUGGAAGAAACCAAGGAGGCUGGACCCUUCCAUUGACCCCAGCUCCCUGAUGUACGCCAUCCAACAACAAGCCCUGGGCUCCAUCCAGUGGACCAUCAUAGCCUCUGGCCUGAAGGAGACCACCUACACCAUCACCACCCUCUCCAAAAAUGUGCGCUAUGCUUUCAGGGUCCUGACCAUCACCUCCAAAGCCUUCAGCAAGCCCUCACCUGCCACUGACCCGGUACAGCUCCUGGACAGAGGUCCCUAUCUUCAGGAGGCUCCUGUAAUCAUUGAUAAGCCAGAAAUUGUCUAUGUGAUUGAAAACCAGUCAGUCACCAUCACUGUCACUCUCAAUCAUGUCAACGCUGCAGCCAUCUGGAAGAGGAGAGGAGCGGUCCUGUCCAGUAAACCUGGCCUGUAUGAGAUGACCAUGCCAGAUGAUGACCAGCACACACUGAAGCUGCUCAAAGUCAAGAGUUCUGACAUUGGAGACAUGACCUUUGUGGCCUCCAACAAGCAUGGCAGUGACAGCUGCACCUUCAGCGUGGAGCUGGCAGGUCCACCCACGUUUGAAACUAUCAUGGAGGAUUUGGACGUUAGUGCUGGGGAGACUCCUCGCUUUGCUGUGGUUGUCGAGGGAAGACCCAUUCCUGACAUUCUCUGGUUCAAGAAUGAUAUCCUGCUGUCAGAAAGCAGUCACUACACGUUUGUGUACGAUGAUAACGAGUGCUCCCUGGUGGUCCUAAAUGCUCGUCCUGAAGACUCGGGGGUUUACACCUGUACAGCCAGGAAUUUGGCAGGAUCUGUGUCCUGCAAAGCUGAACUUACCAUUCACGAAGCCAAAAUGAAAGAAGAUCCAGUUGACGAUGAGGAGACCAUUCUUAGAAAAAUGCGCAGGCUGACGGACUACUACGACAUCCACAAGGAAAUUGGACGAGGUGCAUUUUCCUAUGUGAAACGUGUGACCCAGAAGAUUGGCAAAAUGGAGUAUGCUGCAAAGUUCAUUUCCACGCGGGCUAAGAAGAAGGCGUCUGCAUUAAGAGAAAUGAAUCUGCUCUCCAAGCUGGACCACGAGAGAGUGCUUUAUUUUCAUGACGCCUUUGAGAAAAAGAAUGCAGCCAUCAUCAUCACUGAACUAUGCCAUGAGGAGCUGCUUGACAGAUUUACAAGGAAAUCUUCCAUCAUGGAGUCGGAUGUACGUUCAUGUAUAAGACAAAUGCUCGAGGGAUUGGACUACCUUCAUCAUCUAAACAUCAUACAUCUGGACAUAAAGCCUGAUAACAUCCUCAUGGCAGAUCCACACGGUGAUCAGAUCAGAAUCUGUGACUUUGGAAACGCAAUGGAGAUCACACCUGAUGAGGCUCAGUACUGUAAAUACGGCACACCUGAAUUUGUUGCACCUGAAAUUGUCAAUCAGACUCCUGUGUCAAAGGCAACAGACAUCUGGUCAGUGGGAGUUAUUGCAUAUCUGUGUCUGACAGGAGUCUCUCCUUUUGCUGGAGAGAAUGACCGCAGCUCUGUACUGAACAUCAGGAACUAUAAUGUGGCCUUCGAGGAAAACAUGUUUGCCGAUCUUUGCAGAGAGGCCAAAGGGUUCAUCAUAAAACUGCUUGUGUCAGACAGGCUGAGACCUGAUACUCAGGAAUGUUUGCGACACCCCUGGUUCAAGACUCUCAACAAGGGGAAGGCCAUAAGCACCGAAGCACUAAAAAAGUUUGUAUCUCGCAGAAAAUGGCAGCGUUCACUGAUCAGUUACAAAUCAAAAAUGGUCAUGAGGUCCAUCCCGGAGUUAUUAAAUGACUCAUCCAGUCAUAUCUCCAUCGCCGUUCCCAGGCAUCUUAAAGAAGGCUCGCCUUUGCCGUCAUCAUCCUCAGACUCUGACGAAGACCUUGAUGAACUACCAUUUAUUCCAAUGCCGCUCAACAUGGAAUUUUCUGGAUCCAGGAUGUCACUGAAUGACAUCCAGACCAAUGAGCAGGAAACAGGGAAACAAGAUGGCAAUGGUAAAUGGUCUGGGUCCGUUCAGGCCCAGGAGGCAAUGGAAUGUGACCCAAAUCAGGUGGAUAAAGAAGGGGUCGAUUUAACAGGUAUAGGUCGCGUGCGGAAAAGAACGUCACCAGACAACGACAAGGGCUCUUCAGAUGAAGAAACGCCUACUGAAUUGCCACAAAAGUCAGAGCUGGCAAGGAAGCCUCUGAGAAGAGGUUCAAGCAUGGAGUCAGACAAACCAGAGGGAGCACGACGAAGAGGAGAGCUGAGACGUGGGGGUUCUGCUGACAGUGCACUUCUGCUCCGAAUAACACCUGAAGAAGGCGCUGCAGAGGGAAACCAAGAGGACGGCAGGAGAGUUUUGAAGAAAGCUGUCUCUAUGGAGCUACCGCGGAGGAGCACUAGUCCAGGAACGGCAAAGAUGAGUCAAGAGGACUACGCUCUCAAACUGGAGCUGAUGAGACAGCGUCUGCUUCGUGGUGGCUCUGUGGACAACAAGAUGAGUGGAUUAAGAGGACCACUGCUGGAAACAUUAGGAAUGGGUGAUGAAAAACGGGCAGUACCCUCAGAUCGUUACCCUCGUACUGCUCGUUUGGGCCCACCUCCGCUAAUUAGAGCUGCUUCCAGUGAUUCAGCAAGGGAUGAAGUCCCCAAACCCAAAAUUUUGCGCAAAACUGCUUCUUUCAGUCAAGGAGAUUCAGAGCCUAUAGCUUUACACCGCCGGUCCGGAGCUCCCUUGGAGAUUCCCUUAGAAAAGGUAGAAGAGAGACGACUCAAGGAAGCUAUAUCAAUGUCAGCACUAACUGAGCAAAUCAAGUUUGACUCCCGUCCAACGACACCUAGAGAACCAUCGCCAAAACCACCAACACCAGAGUCAGUAUUGCAGGAAAGUCCGACUAAAACAGAAAGUGAGGAAUCAUUCAUGGAGAAAGAGCUGAAGCUUGAUGACAGUAUGAACGAAAAGAUGGAUGGGUUGACUACAGAUAGCAAUUUUGAUGAACGAUCAAGCACAAGUGGCUUCUCAGAAAAAGACAUGAGCAUAUCAGAAGAACCAAUGAUUGAAUCAGAGUAUGCAGGCCAAAGAGUUUCUACUCCUACUCUUUUGGCUGAGAGCUCUAAAGCAGAAGAAAAAAUGGAGGAAGAAGAGGAAGUAAAAGAGCAAGAAGAGAAGGAAGAGGUUAUGAAAGAAGAGGAAAGACAUAUCAGCACUGAUGAAUCAAAUGAAAAGGAAAAUGUAGAAGUCUCUGAAGAAAAGGUAGAAGAAGAAGUACACAUGCCUCCACCAUCCUCUGAUAUGAUUAUAAGCACAAGCUCAGUUAUGGUGAGAUCAGCACAGGAAUCUUCUCAUCACCCAACAAAUGUUGUUUCUACUUACGUAACACCCACACCUCCUGCUAAAGUUGUUCUCCCAGAUGGACGAACUUCAGCUUAUGCCAGUAUUAUGCAGACCAUCAUGGUGCCAUCGCUUCAGCCUCAAAGCGAACAGUCUUUGGGCCCGUCUACUCCCGUUGUUGUUCAAGAGUCCCCGUCAUCUCCAGUAUCAACUGUAACACCUCCAUCUGCCAGCAUGCCCUCUGCCUUGCCCAGUCAACCAAAGCCUACCAGCAUUUCCACCACUGAGCACCCCGCUGUGUACUCAAGAGUAGCCUCACCAGAAAUGAUCACGAAAGAACCCAGUCCACCAAAAACUAUCCCACAUUCCUCAUCCCAACAAGAGCUCUCAGCAGGAAUGGACUUUGAAGACAUUACCUCUGAGGAGGUCUUUGAGGCCCGCUUCAAAAAAAGAGAGUCAUCUCUCUCAAGAAGUCUGAAAUUCCUCUCACGCUCAAAGAAUGACGAGAAACCACAGAGUUCAUCGGACUCUGCAGAGUCAGGGGAGGAGAUAUACAGACCUGGGCCAAUUGGUGCGCCUUUGGAGUUGGCACCAAGGAGACUUGAGGAAAAGUCCAAGUCAGUCCAGGACCUCCGUGAAGCUCAAAAGGACCAAGGCUUUAUGAGAAGACUAUCUAUGCGCCUGAAGAGAACUCCGUCGACCGAACGCAAGGAGGAAGCGACCAAAGAGGAGGAUUCACUUGCGUCAAGGCGAAGGCUUUCUUGGACUAUUGGCAGGAGAGGCUCACAGGACAAGAAGGAUGUGGAGAUGGCUCGCAUGGAUGGAGGUGAUUCAAUGGCAGAUCAAGAGGAAAAGGAUGUGAAGAAACCAAAUGAAUCACCUGUGUUGGCAAUGCGCAAGAAGAUUGAAUCCACAGUGGCUGGCAUCUCCACGAGAAUUCGUAGCUACUCAGAAGAAAGGAAAGCCUCAGAGGACAAGGAUUCAAAGAGGACGCCGAUUCUUUCCAUGCUUCGCCGUGCAACCUCAGAGAGCCGUGCUCCAAAGGUCACCACUGUUCCUCAGAAUCAGCUAGCAGCUCAAGCCAGCAAUGGUGCCUCGUCUGAGUCUUUAGACUCUAUGUCCAGCCUAAAGUCCGACACAUUAAAGGGUAUGGAGGCAGAGCGCAGAUCCCGCUGGGAUCGCUGGGGGCUGACCAGAGGGAGACGAGAUAAGACCGUAUCACAACCUGACAUACCAACAGCAAUCUCAAGAGAAAGCAGUGCCCUUCGCUCACGCCAGUACUCCAAACUAGCUUCUGAUUUCCCUCCUGUCUUCCACAUCAAACUGAGAGAUCAUGUCCUGCUGGAGGGAGAUCCAGUCACUCUCAGCUGUUUACCAGCCGGCAGCCCCCACCCACACAUCACCUGGAUGAAAGAUAAGAAGCCGCUGCAGAUCGAUGCCAGGAUGAACAUGAUCGCCUGCCCUGAUGGCCGUCAGCUACUAAUGAUCAUGCAGACCACCAAAAAAGAUGCAGGGGUCUAUGAAUGUGUUGCUACAAACCCUCUGGCUGCUGUAUCCAGCUCUUGCACAAUAUCUCUUGCUCGUCUGCCUAAUCGUCCUGGGACCCCUGAAAUACCUCAGAAGUACAACAACACAGCCUUGGUGCUGUGGAGGCCAUCAGACACCAUGGCCCCGUGCACAUACUCUCUGGAGAGGAAAACUGAGGGUGAGACGAACUGGUUGAUCGUUGCUACCGGGGUGGCAGACUGUUACUACAAUGUGGUUGACUUGCCAGCAGGGGGCUCCUUCAGGUUCAGGGUGGCAUGUGUGAAUAAAGCUGGCCAGGGUCCCUACAGCAACCUCUCUGAGGUAGUGACCCUGGAUGCAACAGAACCUGCCAAAUCCAGUGCCACUGUGGUGGUCAAGACUGUCCCUGCUACCACUCCUGCUCCCCCUGUGGUGAUGAUGUCAUCCAUGAAAGUGCCUCCCAUUAAACCAGCUCCCAGUAAACCCACUCCAGCAGCACCAACCACUCCCUCUCCAGCAGCUCCUGCCCCAUCAGUGGUCAAACCUCCUUCUCCAGUCACCGCCAAACCCACGGUGCAGGUUGAGGCUAACCGUCCUGCAGUUACUCCCCCUGUUAGUACCGCUCCGUCUGAACAAGCUCCUGUUCAGACCACUGCAGCAGUGCCAGCCAAGGCCAAGACCACCCUGAGCAUCAGUAUGAGCAAACCACAAUCCAAACUGGCUCCUCCUCCUGUGGUUCCACCCAAACCAAGGAGUCCUGUUGCUGCAACGCCCUCCGUAACCAACAAACCGCCUUCACCAGUGCCUGCAAUUGGGAAACCUAUAUCAUCUGUCCCUAUGUAUGUACCAGCUGCAACCUCUAGAGUUACACCGCCUUCUCAACCCGCUACAACUCCAACCACCACCACCCCUUCAGUCACUCCUGUGACCCUCUCUCCACCCGUGGUGGUGGUGCAGAGCUUGACGCCAGUGCUGCAGGGAGGGGACAACCGUGGUACCCCAUCAGGGCGGAUCACACCAUCAGGACGGCUCACGCCCUCUGGGCGCAGGACGCCAUUGGGCAAGCCUGGAGAGGGGUCUCUGCGCCAAGGUGUCCCACAGAAACCUUACACCUUUAUGGAUGAGAAAGCAAGAGGUCGGUUUGGUGUAAUCCGAGAGUGCCGGGAAAACGCCACAGGAAAUCUCUUCAUGGCGAAGAUUGUUCCAUACGAGGCAGACAGCAAGCAGGAGGUGCUGCAGGAAUACGACAUCCUGAAGUCUCUUCAUCAUGACAGGAUCAUGGCUCUGCAUGAAGCUUAUGUCACACCACGUUACCUAGUGCUUAUCUCCGAGUACUGCAGUGGGAAGGAACUGCUCUUCAGCCUAAUAGACAGGUUCCGUUACUCAGAGGAUGAUGUGGUCACCUACAUCAUGCAGAUCCUCCAGGGUCUGGAUUACCUCCACACUCGGCGGAUCCUCCACCUGGACAUCAAGGCAGAAAACAUCAUCGUCACCUACAUGAACGUCAUCAAGAUCAUCGACUUUGGCAGCGCUCAAACCUACAACCCUCUCUUCCUCAAACAAUUCAGCCCUCCGAUUGGAACGCUGGAGUACAUGUCUCCAGAGAUGUUGAAAGGGGACGUUGUGGGCCCUCCAGCUGACAUCUGGAGCGUGGGUGUACUGACUUUCAUCAUGUUGAGCGGCAGGUCGCCUUUCAUGGAAAUUGAUCCUCAGGAGACGGAAGCAAGGAUCCAGGCGGCGAAGUUUGACCUCUCUAAACUCUACCAGAAUGUGUCCCAAAGUGCCUCCCUGUUUCUUAAAAAGAUCCUCUGUAGCUACCCUUGGGCCCGCCCCUCCAUUAAGGACUGCUUCAAUAACUCAUGGCUUCAGGAUGCCUACCUGAUGCGCCUUCGGAGGCAGACUCUCACUUUUACAACCACCCGUCUCAAGGAAUUCUUGGCCGACCAGCAGCGCAGGCGAGAGCAGGUGGCCACAAAGCACAAAGUUCUCCUACGGUCCUACCAGAGCUCGCCACAAACGCCCACCAGCCCUGCCACGCCAAAUGUGCCAACCACACCCACCGCGGCUGUCACCCAGUGAAAACAGGCUUCCACAAAACCCGUUGGCAGAACUCAAGGAGCAGUUGCUGGGCCAUGAGGCAGGGUUGGCGCUUCAGGUUUGAGUUGCUGAGCUCGGUCAGAGGAAAGUGGAGAAACCAGCAGCGGCUGCGAUCUACAGAGACGUCACCUUUUCUCCUCUAAGAAUCUGAAGGAUUCUUUGAUACCGGAGAAAACUCUUACAAAACUACAAGAGCCUGACUGCAUUUUUUUUGUAAUGGUGGACCUUGCUCAGUCAAGGCAGGAUGUUGUGUUAAAGUUUGUACCUCAAGGUUUGUAAUUUUGCAUACAUUUUGGGUAGAAUAUUUCAUUUCUUACUGUCAACACUGAAACUAUUAGAGUGGAGAAUUAUUUAUGCAUUAUGUUAACCCACUAUGAAAGGCCUAAAAUAGCUCUUACAUAGGUUAAAACCACAUCAAAUCAGUGAAAGAGUUUAACCAGAUCCCCAUCUAUGAAAAUUUAUUUUAUAGCAAGGACAGCUGAUAACUUGAGUCAAUCAGUCUAAUGUACACAUUUCUUGACUUGAGGUUUAUUUUGUGAUGUCUAGCUCCAUUCACCAGAUGGACAGUACAUAAACUUCAUCAAAUUCUAAUCAAAGUAUCAUAUCUUUGCUACAGUAUCUGAGUUUUUAUACUGCUGUAGCAUGACAGUGAUUGUCAGGAUUGUAAGAAUGUAGCUGUACCAGUUCUGAGUUUUUAAAAAGUGUAGUUAGGAGGAUGUAUUAGAGGAUUCUCUGCAAGGGCUAUAAGAAAAGCACUCCUAUAAUCAGCAAAAAAUUCUUACCUUUUGGUCAAAAGUAGGAUAGAAAGUAUUUUCAUAUUCUCAAAAGAAAAAUUUAUUACUCUUAGUUGUUACAAGGUCAUUAGUUUUGCCCCUUGGGAUGACAAAGACAGCAGAACUGUUGUUCCUUCAGCACAAAUAAGCUAACGUCAUUGGCUUCUCUGCAGCCUAGUGAAAACAAUCCAGUUUGAUUAGCCACGUAGAAGUAGAGUUUACUAAAAUGAGGUUUACAAGAUGAGAUUAAACUGAGGCCACGUUUACACGUCGACGAAAUGAUAACACGUUGUUACUUUAUGGCUGUUCGUGCCUGAAAAUGGGAAGUUUUGAAGUGGCGUUUCAGAGAGAAAACUUUUGAAAAUGCAGCCAUAAAAAUGCUGAUACAAAGUUUCCACUGAAAGCUGAGAUUUACACACGUGCAUUAGGGUUCCAGUCAAUACCCAGGAGCAAGUACGUGGACUAAAACAACAAUGGAGGACUCAUGAGUUUUGUUGUUGCUGCUCACUUCCAGUCUAAAUUUCUUUGACAUUUAAGGCCUUUCUCAAACCGCUCUCUACACCUUCAUCCUCAACACUUCCACAACUUUUGCAAGCUCUUGGGGUCUGCAACAUUAAGUGUUCACAAAUCAUAAUAAUAAUUCAAAAAUACACACACGGGGCCACAGGUAGCUCCUGUGUUAUAUUUUUAUGGUCUACUGACCAUCAGCCCUUCAAAUCCCGGCUCUAAAUAAAGUUACAAGAGAUGAUACUGUAAAAGAUGGCUAUUAACUGUAUAUGUAUAAAGAAAACAUUAAUACAUAAUAUGAACAAGACAGUCCAAACUUUAUUCAGUAAUCGCUGUCUUACCUGUCAACUUAACAACCGGUCACUCCUCUUUCCUCAUACAUCUGUCCUAUUCUCAUAGCUGUUGAUAGCCCUGAUAGUAGCUUUUUUCCAUCUCGACAAAUGCCAUCGAUUCACUGAAGUCUUCUCCUUCCAAAAAAUCUAAUAUGAGCUUAUCUCGGUACGAUUUGUUAAAAGCAGGCUAAUCUUUCUCCGCUCUGGUGUCAUUUCAGUACCAUUCAAACAGUGUGAGCCAACUUCAGUCAUGGUGUCAGAUAGAGUCCACUCAGAGUGAGUAUGGAGUGGUUUGAGAAAGGCUUGUAGUCUUUGUAGUUUCUUGGAGUAGCAAACAUCUCAUCAUCCUUUCAUACAGACAUUCAUGUGUUGGCUAUUUUUGUACGUUUACGACUUAUCGCUCUGUAGAAGGACGACUGCGUGCAUGCAUGUGUUUUAUUCCAAAGUCUCACUGCCAUCUACUGGCUUGGCAUGUAUACUACAGCGUUUUUAGUCAUUUUGAUGUGCUCAUCAGCUGUAAUGAAAUGUCUGAACACAGGGGUUUUGAAACUGAAAAUGAAAAAUUAUUGCGUACUCAAUGGAUUGUUUCUGUGUAAGCGUGGCCUGAGUUUCUAUUAAACCCACUGCUGAUCCUGGGGUGCAUCCAAGUGCCCUUAAGAGUUAGCAUUAGUCAGCAUUAAAAAUAUGCCUUUACUAUUUAUGAACAAAAGUUCUUUAUUAAGACAAUUUUGAGUGAUUCAGUUCUUAUUUUUACUGUAAUUUUAAAUUGCUACAACUAAAAAAGAGGCUUUGCUUUAUUUGUUUUUAUAAAUGACAGAUUUUAGAUGGCAUAUCAGUUUUAUAAUCAAAGACUGAACAUUUAUAUUAAGCAUUAAAUUAACUUAAAUAUUCUUUAUUUAUUCCCUUAAGUGUUAUACACCAGCUCAUACAAGCUAACAAGACACUGUAAGAAAUAUAAAUUCAAUGCAUAUGCAAAUUUGCUGCCUCUGCAGACUGUAUAAAACAACACUAUAAAUGUCAAAAUGAAACACAAUCCAGCAAACGCUAGGACACAGUAAGCCAAGAGCAUAAUUAAGAAGAGACGCUUCCUUUUAUUCAGUGCUCUAUAUGUGAGAUAUAUUCAGCAUUAACAUGGAGAAUCUCCUAAUGUCUGAGCACAUUAUUUAGAAGACAAAUCCUAGCUUCUUUAAGAAUAAAGGCGAUGUAAAUUAUGUGUCAUACACUGGAUAAACAACCAUUCAAACCAACUGGUAAUUUCUGAAUUACCUUAAAAUCUAGUAUUUAAUUCGUCCUGAUGAAAUAGCAGCAGACUGUGGGGUUUUUUUUAGAGUCUCCCAAAGGGAAAACGUUUUGAACUGUCUUCCUGCAAGACAGUUUCUGUUUCUGUUUCCUUCAGUAUAGUCCACAACGUGCCGUUUCUGUGCAGCUGUGCCGCUCUUUUAAGCCCAGAUCAGACCAAAGAUUUGCGACGUAACAAGACCGUUUUAGAACGUCACGGGAGACGUUUGCAGCUGUGUGAACUGAGCUGUCGCAGCUCAAACCACACAGGCAGAUGGUGUUGCACGUGAUUCAGUUUGUCAAACCGCCAACAGCUUCUUUCUAUUCUUGGAUGUUGCAGGCAGAUAAAUGUGAAAUGAAGAACGGAAAUCUCAUUUUUAUAGGCUAUAAACUACAGAGGUAACAGUAAACAAUAACAACAACAACAAUAAACUUUUCAAUCUUACGUCUCCUCCAUCAGCUUCACACUUAAGCAGAGCAUGCAGUGCCAUACUAAAAGGUGACAAAAUCAGGGAAUUACAGAUGAAUCAUCCUUAUUCAAUAAUCAUACAGCCUGAUACACAUUAUCAUGAUGAUAGAGGUAGGAUCCGCAGUACCGUCUUUCUUAUACAGAUUUAUUGCGCAGUAACUUCGGUAAUACGAGAGUCAUUGCUAUUGAAAGGCACAUCAUCUCCCUCUGUUGCAGUGGUGUGAACUGUGAGACUUUCAUAAAGUUGCAGCAUGGCCCAUCGCAAGCAUUUGCAGGUUUCAGCUUGUCUCGUCGUGAAUCUUUACUCUGAACUGGGCUUUAAGACCAUCUUUUGUUCCCCCCGUAUUAAGUAUGCACAUCUUCUAGCUAUAAAAAGAUAGUUUAGUUUCAGGCUGGGGCGAUUGUUGUGAGACAGACUCACAGUUUAGGUGUUGCGCUGCUCAACUCUGCUGGUCACUCUCUCAAAUUGAGGAAUCUUUUAAAUUAAACCACAAGCUUUAUUCACUAAACAGUACAUGGCAUGUGUUCUUCACAUGCAGGAUUAUAAGGGAAAAAUAAUGGUAAAAAGUGGUGCCAGUCCUCAUGUCUGUCAGCAGGCUGUGAUCGUGAUGGUACAUGUCCCAGCAUUUACACUGGUACAUAGGACACAGCUAGUUUUUAAAAGUGUGUUGUACACCCAUGCAAAUUUUGUUUUUUUAAACAAGCUUUUAUCCAGCGUAACACUUAUUAUUUCCUCAUAAGGGACUAUACUAAAGACUCAAGUCUCUGUCUAAAUUAAGUUUUACAUUGCAACUGUUGGGGAAAAAACUUAAAAUCCCCUUCUGCCCUCAAAUGGUUCAUCUUAAAUACUUGCUUUUGGAGUCUUUCCACAGUAUAAAGGAGUAUUGUGAUCUUAAAUCAGUAUUAUUCACUCAUCCAUCCUCAUUCAUUCAUGCUAAAUGUCUGACUUUUCUUGUCCCUUCUCAUUACUUUACAUUGUAAGGUAAAAUUCAGUUUAAGACAUGAAUGUAAAACGUUUGCACAAAUCUCCAUAUGUUGAUAUGAAGUACAGAUUUGCACACUAAACACACAAAGUGUUACUGGAUUCAUUUUAAAGUGCAUUAAGGAUUACAGUCAGACUCCUCUGAGUGUUUUAUAGCACAUGAAGCUGCAGCACGGAUUUAGGAAAUCAUCUUAUUCUGUACUGACUGGCAGAGAUUGUUGGUAAUUCAGUGAAAUUAUUUUACUGGUUCUUUCUGUUCUACUGCUACUGCUAGAUAACUACUGCCCUUUUCUGCAGCUCUUUGUCUUUUUCCUAUGCAGAAGUUAAUCACACACAGUUUUAAAUAGGAAUGAAAACAUGCAAGAUGAGCAUGAGGAUGCAAUGCUGCAUUGUGCAAUAUCUAUCACUAUUCUUUAAUCCUGUCAGAUAAAACUACAGCUCUUUGUAAGCAGACAACAGGGUUUGGAAAAAAGAAGUUGAAUGCGCCACAUUUUGUAUUAAAUCCUAUGCCGUACUUUGUGGAAUGUGUUGCAGUGCCUCGUGAUGGAUAUUAGACCCACAGAGUAAAUAGUUUGAUAAAAUGAACAACAAGUUCUUUAUUUUGAUUAUAUGGAUGUGACUGCUUUGUGUGUGGUUUGCGAUUUGUUUAUUUAUUGAGUGACUGUAUUUGUAAUAGCUUCUGCUUUUUAUUUGGUGACAUUUCUGAAUCUGGCAUGGAAAAGGCAUGACAGCUGUUAAAGGCUAUGAACAAUAAAAGAAAUAUG